CGGGUCUAGAGAGUGUGUGAAUAGGCUCGAGAGAGAGAGAGAGAGAGAGAGAGAGAGAGAGAAAGAGAAAGAGAGAAGACACGACAAACUGAACGAACGAGUUGACUUGGAGAGGGGAUGAAGAUAGGAAGGGAGCAACGGCAGUGGAGAGGGAGAACACGAGGUUGAGGACGAUCUCCAGUUAUUUACAAUCGUAGUUGGAAGGAUACACUUACGAGUCUCGUGUCUUGCACAUGGAUACACGGUCCACGGUUUUACCGAUUGUAAGUGAAAUUUCGGUCGUUGGAAAUUUUCGAUCCUUCGCUUUAACUGAUCGUGAGCGUCGACGGUGCAGCAUCAAAUAAAUCGGUCGAUCCUUACGGUGGAGAACGCAAGCUUAUAUUGUUCGCGAGAACAGUGACGGAAAUAGGACAGACCUAUUCGUUAUCAGUGAACAGUGAACAGUGAACAGUGAUGGGCUGUGAUAUGACCAAUGAUUCGGAAAGAAGUUAUGGUUAUUAUUACGUCGCGUGAAUUCGUUUAUUGAGGAGUUGCUAAUAAUCGGAAGAGUGGGGACGAGUGAUCGAAAAACCGGGAAUCGCCAACCCAGCGAUGUAAAUCGUACGCGUAUCGUUAUCGUUUGUAUUUUUUGUUCGUUUAUUUAUCUUUUUUCGAACGUAUUGCUUUGUGAAUUUUCUCGCUAAUAGCACGCCAUACAAAAUUCGUUAACGUGGGACACCGCGUCGGUGAACGCGGAUUAAGGCUGAACGGUUCGGUGCCGCGUCUUACGACAGCCAUCGGAACCAAUACCAUUGCCGACAUCGACGAGGCGAGGGCGACCAUGCCGCACACGGCGAUACAGUCGAUAUUGCACCAGCUGGAGCGACCGAGGUUGAUCCUAAUAUUCGCUCCUGGCGUAUGUGCGAUCAUAUGAUAAAUGUAGAACACGCUGUACUCCUCUUUUUUUCUUUUUUCCUUUAAUUUAUUUUCUUUUGGCCGUUUAAUGUUGGAAAAAUCGUCCUCCUUGCAAAUGUUUGCUCGUUAAUUCACGUGAUUCUCGUUUUCGCGCGGUUGAAAGUGGGAAACGCGAAACUUGACGCGCGCUUCCAAGCCACGUUAUCGUUAAGACGCCUCGCAACAAGAAUUGUCUAGUGUUUUUGAACCCUUUGAAAAUCGAGAAACUGGGACAAAAGACAUAUCGUGAUAAUAGGAGACUGUUAUCGGAAAUUCGCGCGCGCGCGAGCGCGUGUAAGCGCGCACGUGUGUAUGCAACGCCAUCGUUUUAGUGUAAAGUGUGUGCCCGAUCGUUUUUUCAUUCUUCAUGUCGCAGACAGUACGUUGUUACCGAGAGGGAAGAAAAACGUAUAUAAGGGUGUGCAAUUUUUGUUCCACGGAGGGGGGGCGUCUUGAAACAAGACGAAAGUGCAGUAGAGAACAAGGAACAAUAUGAGUGAAAUUACGAGUGUUGAACAACAACAACAACAACAACAGCAGCAGCAGCAGCAGCAGCAACAACAACAGCAGCAACAACAGCAGUACGUAGGCGGCAGUUCGAAUUCGGAGCAUCAUUGCAAGGAUUGUGGUCUUUACUUUGAAAGCGAUAAAAGUCUCGAAGUGCACCUGAGAUAUCACCAGGAGAACCUGCUCAGUCAGUGGGCGAGCCAGGCCCAGCAGGAGGAGAGUAACAACAAUAACAGCAAGGCCGGUAAUCACAACAGUCACGUGGGCGUCAAACGCGAUAGCGUGAGCGCUCCGGCGGACUCGAGCGAAUCUUCUUCGAGACCGCCCUCGCAGGAUCCUACGUCAUCGUCUCAACAGUCAUCGACACAGCAGCAGCAGCAGCAGCAACAGCAAGUUCAACAGCAGCAGCAGCAGCAAGCUCAGCAGCAACAAGCUCAACAGCAGCAGCAGCAGCAAGUUCAACAACAGCAGCAGCAACCAGCUGCUAGCCACAGUUACGAUCACUUUCAGACGUCGAUGUACGGUGAAAAUUAUUUCAUGCACAACGAUCAGGCCUACAUGCUGUCCCAUCAUUACUCACCGCCCCGCGAGGACAACGGUGGAGGCGGUGGGGGUGGUGGGGGUGGAAAUUAUUCGCGUUACCAUCCAUACCAGCAUCAACAACAUUUUCCACCGGAACGUGCCAACUCAGUGAGUUCCACCAGUCCGAGAAGUCCGCCACUACAAUGUGAGAAGUGCGGUGCUGUGUACGAGGAUGCGAAUCAGCUGGGUGAACACGUAAGAACAAGUCACUCGAAUUCACCCGGAGGUUAUCCUGGACAACAUCAGUAUCAACAACUGAGUAACAGUCCUCAACAGCAAAAUCAGCAGCAACAGCAGCAGAUGCACGCAUCACCUCCGCAAUCUAAUCAGCAGCAACAACAGCAACAGUCUGGCUAUGAUUAUAAUGGUAGACAACCGGUAAAACUGGAUAUGAAUAAGGAACCGGACGAACAGGCGGAAAUUCUCGAUUUGGAUUCGCACAAGGUGCAGACACACAGGUACGAGGAGGAGUUAAUAAGAAUCCAUCAGCAGCAACAGCAGGAGUUGCAGAUACAAAUGCAUCAACAGCAGAUAAUGCAACAGCAACAUCAGCAGCAGCAGAGGGCUGGUUCGCAUUCGGGUCAAUUCAUACGAGGGCAACACAUGCCCGUCGAAGCACCGCGACAUCCAAGUUCCCCUAUUAUUACAAGCACGCAACCGAUGCCCGGUCACCAGAUACCCGGGGCUCUACUGCAACAACCACCUAAACCUCCGCCAUUAGCUAAUCAAUCGUGGAAAAGUAACGAGGCGCGGCGGCCAAAGACCUACAACUGCACCGCGUGCAACAAGUGGUUCACCAGCUCGGGCCAUCUAAAGAGGCACUACAACACGACGCUGCACAAGAACGCUGUUAAACAGAGUAAUCAGCCAGAUCCGGCGAACUUGCCGAUCAGUGCUCAUCAUCAUCCUGGUAGAGAUAGCCAUUCUAGUGGCAGAGGCGGAGGACCAUCUAGAUCGCCAGAGUUAUCUUCUUCCGGAAGUCCCCCAAACUUGAUGGCAGGUCCCUCGGGCGAGGCGGCGAGGGGCCUGCUCCACACGCCCACCAAUCUCUACAACAACAGCAACAACAAUUCGAACAGCAGCAGCAGCAGCGAAUCUUCGGCGGUAACGGUGGCGGGUCUAACGCAACAAUCGCCUACAGCGGUGCACUUGGGCUCCACAAUGGUACCGGCGCACAUUUCUCCGGUGGAAUCCCCACUGGCGGCCCAUCAUCAGCAACAAAUGGGUUCGCCGUCCUCUCAACUGGGCCACCAACAGCAGCAGCAGCAGCAGCAGCAGCAACAGCAGCAGCUGCAUCACCUUCCAAUGGGUUCGCCGUCGGGCCAACUUCCGGUCCAUCCCAUGAAUUCGCCCAUGUCACCCAUGCACCCACCGCUACCGCCCCACCUGAGUUCGCCUUCGUCAAUGGGCUCCCACCCGCACCACCACAUGAAUUCGCCAUCUCCCAUAACGCCGGGCUCGGUCCACCCAGCAAUGGCUUCGCCCCCGGCGAUGGGGGGUACUACGAUGCCUCAUCAGCCGUACCCAAACGCCUUGCCCCCCCACGUUAUAACUACUACCAACAUCCCGGGCCUGCUGGAGUCUAUCACCAUCCAGCUAACUACUACUGGUAAUGAGACGUCUUUACCGCUCUCCGACCAAUCUCAACACCAGCAGCAACAUCACCAUGAACACCAGCAGCAGCAACAAGAACAGCUACAACAAUCUCAGGAUGUUUUACCCGGUUUUGGAACCUUUAGCAAUCAUCAAAGGCUCCUACCAAGUUUUACGGAAUUCAACGUAACCGGGUUUAUGGAUCCAAAUCAAUCGGAGGCCAUUAACGUGGGGGGGCUAAGCCCAGAGGAGAACGUAUCUCCUCAAGAUCUAUCGUUCGAAUCGUGUGAAUCGGGUUACGGCCUGUACAGAAGUCCGCCGCCCCGAUACGAAUCCCUUACAAACGUAGGAAUGAACACUGACGGCAUGAUCAUCAAGCGGUAUGAAAUUCAAACGCAUCUAGUUCCGCCGCAACCGCUUCAGCAGACCCGAGACAAUUUCGAAGCAAACAAUAAUUUACCGCGAAUGAUACAAGCGAAAGAGGAGGUAAAUCCGAAUGUCGGUAGGCAAAUAGUGAAAAACCUGAAACUGAAAGUCAAUUCUGCAGUUACCAAGGAACAUCAGGUAACAAGCACAUUCACUGGCUCACAUUAUAUUUCCCAAGACGGUUUUCACAAGUGCAUUGAAUGCGACAAGAUUUUCAACAAGGCUUGCUAUUUGACACAACAUAACAAAAGUUUUCACUCCGGUGACAAGCCGUACAAAUGUAAUCAGUGUGGUAAAAGAUUCACCCUCGAGUACCUGCACGCGGAGCACCUGCAGAAACACGCCGGUGACAAGCCGUAUAAGUGUGAAAUAUGCCCGAAGCAGUUCAAUCAUAAAACUGAUCUUAGGCGGCACAUGUGCCUCCAUACUGGCGAAAAGCCGUACGCCUGUGAUACUUGUGGCAAGGGAUUCAUCAGAAAGGACCAUAUGAUGAAGCACUUCGAGACGCACAGAAAGAAGAACCAUAAUGUCCAUCUAAGGACGUGAUUUGAGAGGAGUUCCAACAUCGAAGACUAGCAUCGUAGAUGAAAAAACAAUGACGAUCGUUAUUCGAUUAUAUUCGCCCUCAUGGUGUGUUCGUAAUUAUCAAUCGAAAGGUAAGAUCUGUUGGUCAUCGAUCCGAACAUCAUGAUGGUCGUCUCAUAAACUACACAAUAUAUCGAGCGAAAUAAUCGCCACUACUCGAAUCGAGUUUUUCUUAUUACGUUUUAUCUGGGAGUCAAGCGAACACCCAUCUGAUUGCAAAUAAGAUUUUAAUUUAUUAUUAAUAGUUUCUUGAUUAGAAAUUUUCAUUAUGCUUUACGAUUAUUUGAUUUGUAUAUUACUAAAUGUAACGAGAGAUACUUUAAUUUAAUAACAAAAAUUAUAUUUCUAAUUCUGAUAAUCGGAAGUAAUCGUUAAUGUUAUUUUGCUUUUAUAUUACUUUCCGAGUGUUCUAUCGAUCGAAAUUAUCGUAGUUCGGUGAUAGAUGGUCUCAAGAAUUAAUAAUUAACGGAUAGAAAUUAAUGUACAGCGGGACGUUGAUUUUUGCUCAACGAUAUUUUUAUUUAACCUGGAAUCAAAGUUUAGUACGUUCCGACGAGGAGGUUCGAUGUCGUGGUGCUCUCACAAAGCGUAUGACGGACCCUACAAAAUUGCUUCCGAAUUUUUGGCAUCUUGAAACACUGAGAUUUGAAUGAAAAUUAUAACAAAGCAGAGGGAAAUUUAAAUAUCAAUAGUCGCAAUGCAUCGAGUCGAUCGUACGAUUGCUCGACUCCAUGAAUCGCGAGUUCCUUUCUGACAAAAUGCAGUCGGCUAACACACGCUCAAAUCCACGAUCCCCUCGGGAACAAUUGAAAAUUUACGCGAUCUCAGAAAAUAAUUAUUCCGGAAGCGAAAAGAAAAAAUAUAAUAACGCGUAACGAUGAUAUCUGGUAUGACUUUGAAGCUUAUCUAUUGUACAAAAUAUGUUAAAUGUAUAGCUAAGUAAUUAAUCCAAUUAUUACCAUCAUUGCAAUUAAAUUCAAUUGGAUAUCGGCUAGAAAGUGAUUCCAUUUAUUAAUAAUACUCGUAUUUUAUAGUAUAUAUAGCACACUUUAUCGAGAGAGAACGAAAGGAAAAAGAAAAUGAUUAAUAAAUAAUUACGAAAAGACGCGACGAUGAUAAAGCGAUAAAUCCGAAAUACCGUGAAAAUCGUUACUCCAGCGAUGAAUUAUAUAUAGUUUUCUGACAACUUUGUUCUAUAUCGUUUAGUUUCUUCUUUUAUCUCAUUAUUUAUCGGAGACGAUCGAGAGGUGAAAAACGAAAGUGCUUUCAUUAACUAUGAUUUUAUAUUUUAGUUUCACAACGAGCCUCUCGAUGCCCUCAUUAUUCAAACAUUCCAUUUUUUUUGUACAUUCCAGUAUCGUAAGCGGGAUAUCCGUCGCCGGGAAUCGGUUUUCACGACAGCCACGCGUCUUUUUCUUUUCUUCUAAACGUUAAGCUUAAUAAUAGCCUAAGUUUCGGAUUGUACGUUGCCCGGAAUGAAUCUCGCUCGUGUCGUUUUCUAGCAAGACGCAAGACGUCUAAGUUCUCCUCCUUGCUUUUAAAACGGCUCGACGUUUCAGUACUCUCGUUACACGAAUCGAAUUUUAACCGUUCGUAAUCGAUAUUUAUUGUAAUUUUCGGCGAAUACAUUCCACGAAGACGGAAAAGGAAAGGAAAUACGAUCAGUUUUUUGAUCAAGAACCACCAGACAUCUUUUACCUAUGAAAUUUAAACAUAGAUCGCGGAUGACUUAGCCACGGCAUUCCUUCGAUCGAUUAUUAAAUCGUUGGGGAAUUUCGUCGAGCGUGCUGCCUCUAAUUGCGCGGCAGCCGUCGCAUACGAUCAAUUAAUGCUCGAUUAAUUGCCCGUGGAGCGCAAAACGAGCCAAUCACCGAGGAUAGCAUCGAGUUCCUCCUCUCUCGCGACACGAGCGAAUUUCCCUUCGAGCUACGCACAGCUCGUUACACGUUACACACACUCUUACGCGCAUCCAACAUACACUUAAACACACACGAAUACAUACUUAUACACAGAUACGCCGAAUAAACGUCGACCUCGCUGUAACGUAAUUUACACCGCGUUUACGCGUAAUUAUUUCUGUUGAUCAUCGUUGAAUCAGCCGGAUCGACGUCAGGCGUUUGAUAGUUGUUCGAACGCAACACGUAAUUUUGUUCUCGUUACCGUUAGUUAUCGCGAGAAAAUCUUCCUUUCGUUGUGAUCAAAUUGCUUGCUUGUAAUUUAUUUCACAACGAGCAUCGUGUUCAAUUUUUAUUAAAUGCUUUUCUUCAGAUUUAUCUCUUUGAUAUUUCAUUUGCCUGGUUUGUUCUCAUAAGAAACGAGACAUAUUGAUAGCAUAAUAUAUUUACUGCUUGAAAUAAUUAGAAGAAUGCCGGUAUUAUUUUCGAAUCUAAUACGUGCAAUAGAAUAUGAUAAUUCCAAUUGCAUGAAAUGAAUUCAUAUUUCGAUUCCAUCAUUAUUUUGAGUAUAAUUAUAUGCGUAUAAAUUGAUUCUCAUUCGCGUCCGUUUCGAUCACUAUGGAUACAUAAGUAAACACAAAUACAUAUACAAAUACCGUGUAUACACACACACACAUACACGCGCACGCGCACACACACAUAUGACGUCCUUUCGCAAGUUCCCUUUUUUAGUUGUUUCGUAUUUAAAGAAAAAGAACAAAAAAAAUUGACGUCGAAGGUAUUAAGGUGGAAACGAGAGAAAAAGACGAUAAAUUAUAUAGCAUUCUUGCCAUUUUUACUACGUAAUAUGACACCCAGAACAGACUACCUCAGAGUUCAGGAAUUUAACGAUGAAUGAAAGGAAGAAAGAAAAGAUGAAAGAGCCAAUGCAAUAAUAAUAAUGUUAUUAAAGAAAUGUAGCUGAGCGCGCACCCGUGCG